GUUAUCAAUCACAAGAUUGAACAUGUGAUUUUGUUUUGAUACUGUCGAGAUGAAGGGAAAGUAUAGUUUUGGUCUUUUUGUCAUUAUUUUGGUCGUAUUUAUUGAUUGUUCUGCAUUGAAGUGUACAUUAUCUCCAAAUCUCGAGAAAGAAAUAGACAAUUAUAAAAAUAUAGUUGAUAAAAUAAUUAAUUAUGUAAUUUCAGGACCGGCUAAAGGGCAAACUUACGAUCAUUUAGCAAAAUUUAUAGAUAAAUUUGGCAACAGGAUUGCAGGUUCUGAAAAUUUGGAAAAUGCAAUUGAUUACAUGAUCAAAACUUUAAGAGGACUAAAUUUAAAUGUUCGCACCGAAAAUGUUCAAGUUCCACAUUGGGUCAGGGGUGAAGAAUCUGCUCAACUUCUUCAACCUAGGAGGAAAAACAUGGCAAUACUUGGUUUAGGUGGAAGUAUUGGUACGGGAGAAAAUGGCAUAACUGCGGAAGUUAUAGCUGUAAAAAGUUUCGAUGAACUCAAAUCCAAAGCUGCUCAGGUCAAAGGAAAAAUUGUUGUAUAUAAUCAAGAUUUUGUGAGCUACAGUAAAUCAGUACAAUAUAGAGAUUAUGGUGCUGAAUGGGCAGCUAAAUUUGGUGGUGUGGCAUCACUCAUUCGUUCUAUAGCACCUUUUUCUAUUUAUUCACCCCAUACUGGAUGGCAAGAUUACAGUAAUAAUGUUACUAAGAUUCCUACAGCCUGCAUAACUAUUGAAGAUGCAGAAAUGAUCUAUAGAAUGGCCAAACGAGGAACAAAAGUUGUUAUCCAUUUGAAAAUGAGUGCUAAGAAUCUACCACCUGUGAAGUCACGAAAUACCAUCGUUGAAAUGAAAGGACAAACAUUUCCACAACAGAUAGUUCUGGUGAGUGGACACUUGGAUAGCUGGGAUGUUGGAGAGGGAGCAAUGGAUGAUGGUGCUGGUGCUUUCAUUUCCUGGCGUGUUCUUGAUAUCUUGACACGACUUAAACUAAAACCAAAACGUACGCUUCGAGCUGUUCUUUGGACAGGUGAAGAAGAAGGAUUAUUUGGAGCUAUAACUCAUCUUAAUAACAAUAAAAAGAAUUUAAAAAAUUUUAGUGUUGUAAUGGAAUCGGAUAUUGGAACAUUUAAGCCAUUAGGACUUACUUAUUCAGGAAAUAAUACUAUUGCUCAGUGUAUAAUGCAAGAAAUUCUAAAAUUAAUGUCUCCCAUUAAUGCAACACAAUUGAAUUUAAUGGAAGAAGGAUCAGACACAACUGUGUUUAUGAAUGCUGGAGUACCUGGUAUCAGUUUAGUAAAUGCUAAUGAGAAAUACUUUUAUUUCCAUCAUUCAAAUGGUGAUACCAUGACAGUAGAAGAUCCAGAAAAUCUGGAUUUGUGUACAGCUCUGUGGACAGCAUCUGCUUAUGUUUUAGCUGAUAUUCAAGAAAUGCUUCCACGUUAAUAAAUACUAAUCUAUUGUCUUGUCUACUUAAUUUUUAUAUAAAUUUUACAGUGGUGUUAAAUAAGUUUUGCAAUAAAUACUAUUUUUUGAUUAUUUUUUAUUUUUUAGUGAUUAAUCUGAUAGUUAUAGAGAAAGAUCAUCAUUUAACAAAUGAACAAGUAAUAAAAAUUAUAUAAUAAUUAUAUUUUGUUUUUUACUCAGUAUGAAACUUUAUAUGAACUAUUUGUUGUCAUAAAAUUUAAUAAGGUCAUAAUUAGUCAUUUAAUAUGGCUGUAUAUGUGAUAUUUAAUUUGAUUAAGUGUUCAAUAUUUCUCUGUAAUUAUAAAAUAUUUUUCAAUAUUU